CACGAACGCUUCGCUCCACUUUACAGGCCUCUAUCUCUUGUCGCACUCACUCCUCCUUUUCUCCCUCUCCCUCAGCUGCGAGUCUCUUGCAAGUGAGAAGCAUGUCGGUCGCGAUCCCUCGCCGCCUGCUCUUCAUCGACGGCGAAUGGAGAGAACCCGUCCGCCACAAGCGAAUCCCCAUCAUCAAUCCUGCCACCGAGGAGCCCAUCGGGGAGAUACCCGCUGCGACGGCGGAGGACGUGGAGCUGGCGGUGGCCGCCGCCCGGAGGGCUCUUACCAGGAACCGGGGCAAGGACUGGGCCCGCACCUCCGGUGCUGCUCGUGCCAAAUAUCUCCGUGCGAUCGCCGCCAAGAUAACCGAGAGGAAAUCUGAGCUGGCUAAGCUAGAGACACUAGACUGCGGGAAGCCUCUGGAUGAAGCAGCGUGGGACAUGGAUGAUGUUGCUGGGUGUUUUGAGUAUUAUGCAGAUCUUGCAGAGGCCUUGGAUGGAAAACAAAGAGCCCCUGUAUCUCUUCCUAUGCAAACAUUUAAAUCUUAUGUUCUUAAAGAGCCUAUUGGAGUUGUUGGCUUGAUCACUCCAUGGAACUAUCCUCUAUUAAUGGGUGUUUGGAAGGUUGCUCCUGCCUUGGCUGCUGGUUGUACAGCUAUACUAAAGCCAUCUGAGCUGGCUUCUGUAACAUGUUUAGAGCUUGCUGACAUAUGCAAGGAAGUUGGACUCCCUCCUGGUGUCCUAAACAUAGUGACUGGGUUUGGUCCUGAAGCUGGCGCUCCUUUAGUAUCCCAUCCUCAUGUGGAUAAGAUUGCAUUUACUGGAAGUACAGAAACUGGUAGAAGGAUAAUGACUGCUGCUGCUCAAACAAUCAAGCCUGUUUCAUUGGAACUUGGUGGUAAAAGUCCCAUUAUUGUAUUUGAAGAUGUGGACAUUGAGAAAGCUGUUGAAUGGUCUCUUUUUGGGUGCUUUUGGACAAAUGGUCAAAUAUGCAGUGCAACUUCCCGUCUUCUUGUACAUGAAAGCAUCUCAAAAGAAUUCAUGGAGAGACUUGUUGCUUGGGCCAAAAACAUCAAAAUCUCCAAUCCACUUGAAGAAGGUUGCAGGCUUGGACCUGUUGUCAGUGAAGGGCAGUAUGAGAAGAUCAAAAAGUUCAUUUCAACUGCAAAGAGUGAAGGUGCUACCUUUUUGUGUGGAGGUGGACGCCCCCAGCAUCUAGAAAAGGGGUUCUUUAUUGAACCAACAAUCAUUACUGAUGUGGACACAUCCAUGCAAAUUUGGAGAGAUGAGGUUUUCGGGCCUGUUCUUUGUAUUAAAACAUUCAGCACCGAGGAAGAAGCUGUUGAACUUGCAAAUGAUACUCAAUUUGGCUUAGCAGGUGCUGUUAUUUCAAAGGAUCCAGAGCGCUGCAACCGUAUAUCUGAGGAAAUUCAAGCUGGAAUUGUAUGGGUAAACUGCUCACAGCCCUGCUUCUGUCAAGCUCCUUGGGGAGGAAACAAGCGCAGUGGUUUUGGUCGUGAACUUGGGGAAUGGGGGCUCGAUAACUACUUGAGUGUGAAGCAAGUGACUGAAUACAUCUCAGAUGAACCUUGGGCAUGGUAUCCACCUCCCUCCAAGCUGUAGAAAUGUUAUCUGCUUGAAGCAGUGAUGAUCGGUGUGAGCAAAUAUCAUCAAAGUUUGGACAUCCAAUAUAAUUUUGUGAUCAUAACGUGAAUGUGAGGUAGACUGCAGCUGGAAAUACAUGGCAGGAGCAAAUUGCACUUAAAAUGCUGCUGGUUACAUGCUCUGGUACAUGUAGUUUUGUGCAGUUAAAAAUGUUGUUAUCCUAUAUUGUCUGGCUGGAUCGAACCUUAUACUGAAAAUAAACCAUCUAUCAAAUAACCGGAUACCCCUGAACUGGACUUCAGUAAAGUUUGAAAGCUUGAAUUUCAAGGAAUUAUUUCGUGAGA